UUACUAUGAUCCACAUAGCGGUUCAGGAUACCUUGCAUGGCGUUUAAAGACCAUUCAAAGAAAAACUGCAGAGGACAGAGGAAAGGGGUGCCUCAGGUAGCAAAUCUCCAAAAAGUGGUGGACCAGGCCAUGGUCAAUCCGGGGUUUUCACUGCUGACAAAGUGCUGUGAGAUGAGGAAGUGGAAGCAGCUAUUGCUGUUUGGAAACACUCUGCUGAUGAUGACACGGUCCGUGAGAAGAUGAAGGCAACCUUCCACUACCGUCAUUCAAUGGUCAGAGAUGGAAAGAAAGCAUCAAAUGUCUUCUCUGUCUUUCCACGGUUUCUGGCCACACCAGGACUGGUAGAACAAGAUUUCAGACUCCUGUUUGGCGAAGGCACUGCCAACAAAUUUUUGGAGAAGUGGCCCACCUGUCUCAAAUCCAAGGUUAUAAAGGAAAGCUAUGGCCUGGUAUCCACCACUGAACUCUUGGAUUUAUUGCGGAAUGCAGAGUUGGCUGCUGAAGCUGAGAAUGGUUGGGAUAGUGACAUGUCUGCUAUUUUGCUUCUGCUGCAUCUGCUACCACCAUCUGGACAAGGACGAAGGAUGCCGGGUAAAAUGUUUGCAUCUCAAGCAGUGGAUCACCUCAUCAGGUUUCUAAAGGUUGGAACCAGUGUACAGCAGCAUCUUGACAAAAUCAUGCAACGUACCCAGCCCUACCUCCUGGCCCAUGGAUCCAUCCAAAGCAGUAUUCACGCAUUCUUCAUUGUGAUUGACAACUACGCCAUUCCAUGUAAGGCAACAUGUUCAGCUGGAGGUCUUGAUGAGCUCUUUAAGGCCCAUUAUGUGUUUGGUACGUCAUACCAUUGACCAACUUCUUCACCUUUCUCAAAACAACUGAUGUUGGAAGAACAAAGGAAACACCCAGAGUUGCUGAGUUGAGAGCAAGAAUGCUCCAUUAGUGUGACAUAUGUACAGUACCUCUUCAUGAACAUUGCUAUGCUUAUAAAGUUACUAAAACAAUGCAAGGUUUUGUUGUUUGAUGUUAACCAUCUAUGUUGCAUGCAAAUGACACUGCUCUCUUUGUUGUCCCAUAUUGCUAUCUUUGGUGAACAUUGUAUUAAACUGACACUGUUACAGUGAUUAUGUGACUGGAUCAUAAAGUUGAAUAAAUAUUGUCACUGUGAACGUAUAACUUUGUGAUUAUUGUGAUUGGUAGGUUUUAUAAAAGACAUAUAAGUUGUAGCAUUAUAUGAUAUAAGUGUAAAAAAAAGGGAGAAAAGAUAAAAAAAAACCACAAUAAAGUGUAAAUGUUUAAGUAAAUUUAGUGUAAAAUUAACUCCAUAAAAUAACAGUAUUACACUGUAGAGUGUAAACAAUAG